AUGAGAAUCAACCUAACCCAAAUGAUAACUUUGCACACUUCCUGCCACACUCCAUCAUCUUCACAAUCACAGCCUUCUCCGCCACCACCACAUUCCCAGAUGGCCCUACAAACAGCUACUCCUCCAACCACUCCAAGCGCCCAAGUUGUUGGUAAUGCAUUUGUUGAGCAGUAUUACCAUAUUCUUCACCAUUCACCAGAUUUGGUCUAUCGGUUUUACCAGGACUCUAGUGUUAUAAGCCGUCCUGAUUCCAAUGGUGUGAUGACAUCAGUUACAACCAUGAAAGGCAUUAAUGAGAAGAUUCUUUCACUAAAUUUCAAGGAAUUUAAAGCAGAGAUUAAGACUGCAGAUGCUCAAAAAUCAUACAAGGAAGGAGUGACUGUGCUGGUUACUGGAUGCUUGACUGGCAAGGAUAACAUGAGAAGAAAAUUUGCGCAGUCAUUCUUUCUUGCUCCACAAGACAAUGGCUAUUUUGUUCUUAACGAUGUUUUUAGGUAUGUAGAAGACCAUGAACCAUCAGAACUGCCUCCAGUUAGUGGAGAUGGUGAUGCAUCUGCUGUUACAGUAACCCCCGAACCAGAACCCAGUGUUGUUGCUGAUUCUCCUGCCCCAGACCCUGCAAAUUCUCAUGUGAACAAGGGUCCAAUUGUUGCUGGAAAUGCUUAUGAUCAUCAUGAGAGACAGAUACCUGUUGAAACUGAAGACAAUGUAGAACCCCAUUUUCAGUCAAAUGGCAAUGAUGAUUCUCAGGCCACAGAAGUGGCUUCUUUGGCUCAGGAGGAUGCUCCAAAGCAGUCUUAUGCAUCAAUUGUGAAAGUCCAAAAAGGGAGUUCAGUACCAACUAAAGUUUAUGUGCCUACUAAUACAUUAAAGUCAGGGCCUAACAAAAAUGAGAGCUUGGUAGUUGAGUCAGUGGAAUCUAAUGAAGUGCCUGAAGCAGCUUUGGAUAGUGUAAACAGCCCUGAAAGUAGUGAUGCUCAUGAGGAAGUUGAAGGACACUCCAUUUACAUUCGAAACCUGCCUCUGAAUGUGACGGUUGGUCAGUUGGAAGUGGAGUUUAAGAAAUUUGGACCCAUCAAGCCGGGAGGAAUCCAAGUCAGAAAUAAUAAGCAGCAGGGAUACUGUUUUGGCUUUGUGGAGUUCCUAUCUCUAAAUUCAAUGAAUAAUGCGAUUCAGGCUUCACCUAUUCCUAUUGGGGGGCGUCAGGCUGUAGUCGAGAUAAAGAGAACCACUACUCGAGUUGGCAGCGGCAUUAGCAAUACUGGAAGACCUAGGAUCCCAAUCGGCAGGGGUGGGUUACGAAAUGACACCUUCAGGGGCCGGGGGAACUAUGGUGGCGGUCGUGGAUAUGGUCGAAAUGAUUAUGGAAGCCGUGGUGGUGACUUUUCUGGUAGAGGUCGUGGUCAUGGUGAAGGUUAUCACCAAGGGAGAGGGAGAGGUGGCCGGUCUAGCGGACCAAAACAAAAUACCGUUUCCAAUUGA